UAUUUUUCCUUUUCCUUCAUCACAACUCAAUCCCAUGCAUUGCUGUAUUGUGCAUACAAUAGCCCGUUGUGCUGUACAUGCAUAAAAAACAACAGGCAAAACCUGGAUUUGCCUGAACGAACUGAAUUCCAUAUAUAUCACCAUUAUCCCAUUCAACUCGAGCCAAACCGACCCAACUCAGCUUGUGCAGCUCCAGAAAUUCAAGGUUGAAGACGAACCGUGUAUUAAUUAUUUUCUCGAUAUGCAUGCAAAGCCACCUGAUAAUUUUCUCAUUCACUCAUUCGUUCCAUUCCCUCAAUAACUGAAGGACGGACGGACCGACAUUUGACAUGCACAGACGGACUGGAUAUUAAAUACAUCGAGCGAUACCACAAUUAAACCAAAACAACCAGAUGGGGACAAGGAGGUUGGGACAUGGAACCAAUUAUCACUGGACAGAGGACGCGGAACUGGUUGACCUUUCCCUCCCACAAGAACUCACUCCUAUUCCAGUUACGAUUCGAACGGAAUUAAAAUCUGUCAAAGUGAACGUACAUGAGACCGCCCUGGUUGUGAUUGAUAUGCAGAAUGAUUUCUGCGAAAAGGGGGGUUGGCUCGACAGCUUGGGUUUGGACUGGGAGAAAGAUCGUGCCCCAAUCCCCCCCUUGAAACGGCUUAUCCCCGAUUUAAGACGGAAAGGGGUAAAGAUAAUCUGGGUGAAUUGGGGAAAUAGAAAGGACCUCGCAAACAUGUAUCCGAAUCAAAUGUGGACCUCGUACAACGUGGGAAAUGGAAGUGGAUUGGGCUAUGGGGAUUUAAAUAAGCAAGGGUCGCCCAUUCUAGAGAAAGCUUCAUGGGGUUCGGAGGUCGUGGAGGGGCUCAAAGUAGAACAAAACCAGGAAGACAUAUUAGUGGAUAAGCACAGAUUCAGUGGAUUCUGGGACACUCCGCUGGACUCGAUUUUGAAAAAUUUUGGAAUCCGGAAUAUCCUUUUUGCUGGGGUUAAUACGGAUCAAUGUGUUCUCCACACUUUGGCCGACGCCAAUUUCCUGGGAUAUGGCUGCAUCAUGGUGAAGGAUUGCGUCGCGACGACGUCACCAGAUUACUGUGCUGAUGCCACAUUCUACAAUGUUAAAGGCAGUUUUGGAUUCCUUACCAAUUCAGAUUGGGUUAUUGAGGCCUUUAAUAAGGUUGAAUGAUUUGGCAGGAAGACUUGAUUGUACAUACGUCCCAAAGUAACGCUACGUGGAGGACAAUUUUCGAUAUUUUAAGGCAUUUUUCUUAGCAUCAAAUUUGAAUAGUAUGAAUUCCAUUAACAAGGAGGGGUUCCCUACUGCUCAUCGCCCCCAGGGUACUCACUAUGGUUUUUAAAAUAUACUAUCGCUCUAGAUCAAGGAUUCAUUCAUAUUUCCGUGUAAAACUCAUAAUUGGCGACAAGGCGUGACGCCAAAUUCUUAAGUAAGGUAAGUUUGGUGUAAUAAAUCAAAUCAAGUAUCUCCUACUUUUCGAGGAUGUUUGUCAAAUAUAAUUUUUGUAAAUAAGAAAUUCCUAAACCUAUUCUAUUUCGAGUUAAGGAUGUGCAAUACAACUUGUGUAGAAUAUAUUUUUAGAAAAUUACAAGGCUUGGAUUGAAUUAUAAAUAUUUCCAAUUCUAUAAAACCUAAUCACUAAAUAAAGAAUGUAUAAUGCAAAUAGAUAACAUCGAUCCGCUAAUAAAUCCAGAUCAAUUUAUGACCA